CCUUCCUCUUCUGAUUCUGACUACGUGCUCACCGGCCUUCUCUUUCCUCCACAGCCAUGACCAAGGCCAAUGAACUCUUUCCAAGUAUUGGAUCCGCUGCAGAUAAGGCCGACUUGCUCCCCGAAAAAGACCAAGAAAUCGGCGAAUCAAACGCGGACGAUACAGAAGAUAGGCCUACCCAAGAAAUCGAGUCACUCUGCAUGAAAUGCGGCGAGCAGGGUGUUACCAGGAUGCUACUCACGUCAAUUCCAUUUUUCCGCGAAGUCAUCGUUAUGUCAUUCCGAUGUGAGCAUUGCGGGGCGACGAAUAAUGAAAUACAGUCUGCAGGCACCAUACGUCCUGAAGGGACCAUCUACACCGCGCGUAUACUCUCCCGAUCCGACCUUAAUAGACAAAUUGUUCGCUCCGCAAGUUGCGAGAUCGUGAUCCCGGAAUACGAACUCACACUCCCGCCGUCCGCUCGCGGUCAACUCACGACGGUGGAAGGCCUGAUCCGUGAUGUUGUAGCUGAUCUGAGCAUGGACCAACCGCUGCGGCGCAUCCAGGAUGAAGACAGUUACACGAAAAUCCAAGCUCUAAUCGACAAAUUAAAGGAGAUCCUUGGCGAUGAGGAAGAUGAAGACGAAGAGGUACAGGUUAGAAAGGCAGCGGAAAAAGACCAUAUCUCUAUGCCAUCUUUCACGCUCAAGUUGGACGAUCCCUCAGGAAACUCAUUCAUUGAGUUCGUAGACAACAUGGCAGACCCCAAGUGGAAUAUGAGAACAUAUCCCCGGACAUUGAAGCAGAAUAUAGCGCUGGGACUGGUCGCACCGUCUGAGGAAAAUGAGGGAGCUCUCCAGACUGUCAAAGAGGGUGAUGAAGAGUUGGGCGGUGGCGAAGCUGGAACCGACGAAGAGAUCUUCGUCUUCCAUGGGCCAUGUUCAAGCUGUGGUCAUCCUAUUGAUACCAUGAUGAAGAAAGUCAACAUACCUUACUUCAAGGACGUUAUCAUCAUGUCCAUUAACUGUGAUCGUUGUGGAUACAGGGACAACGAAGUCAAGUCUGGCUCUGCUAUAUCAGAAAAGGGCAAACGGAUAACACUCAAGGUCGAGGACCGUGAAGACUUGAGCAGGGAUAUUCUUAAAAGUGAAACUAGUGGCAUGGAGAUUCCAGAAAUCGAUCUCGUGUUACAACACGGCACCCUUGGAGGUCGUUUCACCACCCUCGAAGGGAUCCUCGACCAGGUAUACGAGGAGCUAUCGGAAAAGGUCCUCAGACUUGGAGACUCUUCGACUAUUGGCGAAAGGAAGACAUUCGAAGAAUUCCUCAAGGGCCUGAAAGAGGUGAAGAACGUUGAACGACCGUUCACGCUCAUUCUCGACGACCCUUUGGCCAACUCAUAUGUGCAGAACUUGUAUGCCCCCGACCCGGAUCCCAACAUGACUGUUGAGUUGUAUGACCGGACAUGGGAGCAAAACGAGGAGCUAGGUCUCAAUGACAUGAAGGUAGAGAAUUACCAGGAAGAUGAAGAGAAGCAAAAGCAAAAGCAAUCAUAACAAAGCGUAUAGGUGGCGCUAUUACGAUUUACGACACAGUAUUCAACAAUCGAAAGCAUGCAAGUACGUGUACAGUUACUAGACAAAGGC